AUGGCUUCAGAUUCUAAUUCAAAUCUUAGAAUCACCAUUGAAAGAAAUCCAACUCAGUCACGUUUAGCUGAAUUAAACAUCAAGUGUUGGCCCAAAUGGGGUUGUUCACCAGGAAAGUAUCAGUUGAAAUUUGAUGCAGAAGAAACAUGUUAUUUAUUGAAAGGAAAAGUGAAAGCAUACACAAAAGGCUCAUCGGAUUUUGUAGAGUUUGGAGCUGGAGAUUUAGUGACAAUUCCAAAAGGACUGAGUUGUACUUGGGAUGUUUCUGUCGCUGUUGACAAGUACUACAAAUUUGAAUCAUCUUCUUCUAGUUCUUCUUCAUCAUCUUUACCAUCUUGUUAA